AUGAAUUCCCUGCGAAUCCCCGUGAGGCACUCCUCCCCCGCCGCUCUCUCCCUCUCCACCAACAGCUACGGCCGGUCGCCAGCAUACCGCCGGUUACUGGCCACGCCCGCACGGUUGCACAGCUCUGCCAACGAUGUCCUCCUCGGCUCCUCUCUCUCCUCUGCCUACCGCCCCUCUCCCUUGGCUUCGCCCUUCCUGCCUGCAGCUAUACGGCUCCAGCUGCCGGUCCAGUCGCGCGCUUUUCAUGCCAGCGUGCUGAGGUGGCAGCAGCAGUCACAGCAACAGACACAGCAACAGACACAACAACAUAACCAGCAGGCGCAGGAGAAGCCAAAGGUGGAACAGACUGCCGACAGCACAGCUGAAGGUGCCGACAAGGAGGCAAAUGAGGACAAGGACGGCAAAGAGGACAAGGACAGCAAAGAGGACAAGGACAGCAAAGAGGACAAGGACAGCAAAGAGGGCCAGAACAAGAAGAAGGACGAGGAGGAGCUUCCACCACCGCCACCACACGGCGACAAGACGCCAUGGCAGGUGUUUGUCGACACCAUGCAGUCCGAGUUCAAGCAGUCCAAGGAGUGGAACGAUUCGACCAAGGCCCUGGCCGAGGGCGCCCACCAGAUCUCGGAGAGCGAGUCCGUCCAGCGCGCCCGCAAGGCGUACGAGGCCACGUCCGGCGCCGUCUCGUCCACGGCCGCCAACGUGAUCAAGACCACCGCCACGGCCGUCGGCAAGGGCGCCUCCUGGACCUGGGAGACCCCCGUCAUGAAGGGCGUGCGCAAGGGCGCCAACGCCACCGGCGAGGUCCUCGACAAGGCCACCAAGCCCAUCCGCGACACUGAGGCCUACAAGAACGUCAAGGAUGUCAUCGACGACGGCAGCAGCUCGCGCUACGGCGGCUGGGUCGACAAGGAAGAGCGCCGCAAGCGCCGCGAGAAGUGGCAGCAGACCAACGGCGGCACCCCCGAGAUCAUGGAAGAAAAUCCCGAUGCCGGUACAAACGUCACCCUCCACAAGGACGCCGCCUGGAAGGAGGCCUGGCGCGACUUCAAGGACCAAAGCAAGGUCGUCCAGGGCUUCUUCGGCAUGAAGAGCGUCUACAAUGAGUCCGAGAACCCGCUCAUCAGCACCGCCCGCAGCAUCACCGACCGCAUCGCCGGCUUCUUUGCCGAGAACGAAACUGCCAUGGUCAUCAAGAAGCUGCGCCAGAUGGACCCGGCCUUCCAGCUGGAACCCUUCUUGCGCGAGCUGCGCGAGUACAUCCUGCCCGAGGUCCUAGACGCCUACGUCAAGGGCGACGUCGAGACCCUUAAGCUCUGGCUGUCCGAGGCCCAGUUCUCCGUCUACGAGGCCCUCACUAAGCAGUACCUCCAGGCCGGCCUCAAGUCCGACGGCCGCAUCCUCGACAUUCGCCACGUCGACAUCCUCAAGGCCCGCAUGCUCGAGCCCGGCGAGAUCCCCGUCUUCAUCAUCACCUGCCGCACCCAGGAAGUCCACGUCUACCGCAAGGUCAAGUCCGGCGACCUGGCUGCCGGCAUGGAAGACAAGGUCCAGCUCGUCACCUACGCCAUCGGCAUCACCCGCAUGCCUGACGACGUCAGCAACCCGGAGACCCGCGGCUGGCGCCUCAUCGAGAUGCAGAAGAGCGGUCGGGACUACAUCUGA